AUGGUAGUAAUUCAAUUUCUAGCUCUAGAUCCAGUAUUGGCGAUCAUUCCCGUAGACGUCGCAGAAGCCGAUCCCGUUUACGACGGCGACGUUACUUGGGUUCGCAUUCCUCCUCCAGCAGGUCACGUUCACAUUCACGCAGACGGUGUGAUUCUUUUCGAUCUCGAAGCGUACGACACAGUAGGAAAGGCAGGAGCCUGUCUGUGGGAUCGAGAUGCAGCCUCCGACAUCGGUAUUCCACAAGCAGCAGCUACUCGACGCCGCGCCGGUUAUCGCAAGGGCAUCAGGGAGUUCCCAAAUUCAUAUCGCAGCCGGAGGGAAGCUACGAAACAUCGCCAAAAGGAAACGUAUCAGUCGGCGAACGGCUCAAACGGAGUGCCCGUGCGAAACGCACGGUCGAACGCUCAAGACGUUGUUGCUAGGCGCAAGGAAGUCACCAAGAAAACAAAUGUCGAUAAGACGAUGCAUACGCCAUUUUUACUGCGUGUGUAUGCUUUCAUUGAAGAAGCCACCGAAAACACAGAUCACACCGAAAACUACGUAGCAUUGCAAGAGCGUUUAGACUCAUUGGAAACGGUGGAAAAGUUAGAGCUUUACAUUUGGAUAGACAACACCUUACGCGACUUGGCUAACCUGAUUAAAGAUCUAUGCGAGGCAGCAAGGUACAAGGAAGGCAUGUGGACCUUCAGUCGGAACGACGCGACACGCGAGGUCAUAGGUACUAUUCAUCCCUACAAAUGGCGACGAUCGGCAGAUUCUGUCACUCUUCGCAGUAUUAAUUUCCGAGAAUGGCGCGCUCGCUACAUGGACAAUGGCAUCAAGAAGGCGAAACACUUUUCCUGCAAACGGUACAGGGAAAAACGGUCCUUCUUCCUAGCCUCAGUAUUCAUGAGGGCGCUCUCGGAAUACCACGAAGUGCCUUCAGACGACUUUAUCGCCUAUUGGGCACUGCGUACCGACACCUUCGCGGCGUUUAGUGAGGGCGCGGUUAAUCCGUCGGAGCCAGAGCCUCUAUCGAGGCCGGAGUCCUCGCCGGGAGGAAGACAAGGCGCCACCGACCCUUGUCUCACUGGUAAAACAGAACAUAAGCAAGUGGUUGACGGGCUCGCGGACACACUUACAGAGUACAAGUUUGUGGGCGACAACCAGGGAGAACACAGCAUCAAGACGCCAUGCGUGCUUAGGCACGACUCAUCGGGAGAUAUACUCUCGGAAACUUCCAGAGAAGAGUCAGACGUAGCUUCCGAAGCCAGUGUUUCCUCAAAAGAGGAAUCCAGUGUAGUUCAACUGCACGAUGACCCACGGGUCAAAAGUUCGAUCUUUUAUGAUGGGGACUUUUCGGCUUUUUUGCAACGCCAGAAACUCCUAUUACACGUAAUUGAAGACCUGCAGACCUCAUUAUUUGUAUCGAAACCGUCGAUUGAUUUCGUCCCUGACAUCAAUCUGGAUUUGAUUGAGAAAGAGUACAUCGUGCUAAACCAGAAGCUUUUGGGAACCAGGGAUACGCAGCGCGUUGCAGCGCAUCCUAUACGACCACGCUCGAUAGACGACAGAAGUCUUCCGGCGAAACGUGUGUGUACGCAAGGAGUCGAAAGAAGGCUGCCUCGCCCACCAGAUUAUACCCUCGGUCGAGUACUUAAGAAGUGUGCAGACUGCGGCCCGGACAACCUUCUAGAAAGGAGUGUACACUUGCAAAAACUGGUGAACAUCCUUGGCGGUAAAACCCCCGUGGAGGCGUAUGCAAACGAGGUUCUUGAUGGUAUAUGUUCUGUAAAAUCGCUCUGUGCAAAGACACAGGCCGAGUUUGGACCCCGAGCGUUUUACUCGCCAUCUUUGCGGCAUCCUAUCGACUCCCUAACGGGCACCAGCGUGAACGGCAUGACGGCACUAGACACAAAUAGCUUCGUGGAUAACACGCUUUACAGCCAACAGAACGCCUUUAUGAUGCCCAGAAAUAUCACAGGGUAUAUGACCAAACAAAAGGACGAGGCGUUCAAUGUGUCGGACGGUGAUGAUGGUAUUCGCUUACGAAUGUCACGUAUGUCUAACACCAAAUUGGCACAUUUUGUCGAGUCGCUAUGCCGGGUAAACUUCGACGAAAAGGUAAUCCACAAUUCGCUCGAACAAAACGCGAAAGAAUGCUGUGAUCUUCGUUCGCUGAUCCAACUUUGCCAACGCGAGUCUGAAGUCGAAUCGGAAGGGAUAGCCGAGAGCUGCAGCGAGGUUACUGAUGUGCCAAACGAAUAUUUCACAAACACGUCAAACCACGUAGGGCUUAUUGACAACAUAAGCACCACUGCGGUAGCGUACUACAAGAAUCGAGUACUCCCACAUGAUGCCAUGGACUUUUACCAUAACACUACCGUAUGCGACUACAAGAAGGGUAACAUGGUGCGUAUGCAAGGCGGCGGCCCGCUCGAUGUCUCAUCAGAUACUUUCAAUACCUUCGACAACCGCAGGCAAAAUAUGAGCCACUACCUGGAGGCUAUAAGUGCGCUCGAGGUACGCAUAAGAGAUAUACAGUGUCGCUCUGAGAAAGUGCAACGUGCGUUACACCAGUACUCGCUGCAAACGCGUACAGAAGGCGUCAAUGACCUGCAAGAGGUACUGAGCCUCGAGACGCUACUGUUUGUCUGCGACACACUUAUGGAGACGAAACGCAGGUUGCACGAGGAACUCCGUCGACGUAACCCCUAG